CACACCCCCUCCAGGCGCUUCCCUAGCUUCCCACGCCACCGCCACGCCACUCGGAAAACCGUGGAGCUAGGCCCCGCCCCCGAGCCAGCAAUCUCGCCGCCCUCUCUUAGUACGCCUGCGCAAUUUACCCGGCUCGCCCCACCCUUCCCUGCAGCCACCAAGGCGCAGGCGCUACCCCUCCCUCUCACGCCCCUCUCUACUCGGGCCCGCCCCUCGGGUCUAGUACCGCCCCUUCCGCGUUCCCGACAGAGACCUGCAGGUAGGGGGUGCGCGCCGCCGCUCCCGCAGUGCUCGGCCAAGGCUUUCAUGCCACAUAAGAUGAAGCAGAAGCAGAUGGAGAACUGAAGAACAGCAGCUGAGCGCAGAAGCCAGUGGAACCCUUCCUGUGGCUGGAAGGCACCAACCCCUGACCGCAGCAUCAUUUCCCUUGGAAUUUCAAGUUCAAAGAAACCUAUAGGAGAUGCAGUGCAGCCCUGAAGGUUGCUUGUGACUCCAGAAUCAUCAGAGGAAAAAAUGGGCCUGAAUCUAGACCUUUGGCCUGCAGGACUCUCCCCGUCCCAGUCCUGUUGGAAGCCUGCUGUGGGUCACCCUGCUGGCCCCGAGCAGGACUCCCUGCCGGCUCCGCUGCAGUCUGUGUGAGGCGGGCCAGCCUUCCCGUCCACAGGACUCCAGAGAAAGGACCCUUCAGCCCUGUGGGAUCUUACUCGCUGUCUUCUGAGCUGAUCCCAGAGAGCUCCUCGCAUCUGUGUAUACUAAAUUUGACCAUCUUCUCUUGAGUGUGCCCUUGCUUUGUCUCCUGUGUAAUGAUGGUAUCAGAAAGCACAUCCACCCAUGACCAGGCCCGGCAGGAGAAUAUAGGCUUGAACCUGACACCAAGACUUUGAUUGGAGUUCAUCUACCAUAAGACAACAGAGCACAGAACACAAAGACACCUGAGAGCAAAAGGAAACUUCUGCACACUCCAGAUGUGACCGCAGCUGGAAUGCACGUCUGGUGGCUCAAGGGACAGUGCACCUCAUCAGGCUUUGCAGAGAAAUAACACAGCUCUUUCCGAAGAGAUGGGCAGCAGUGAGCCCCUUCGCAUCGCAGACGGCAACAAGCGGAGGAAGAAGAAGCGGAAGGCCCGGGCCACUGACUCCUUGCCAGGAAGGUUUGAAGAUAUGUACAAGCUGACCUCUGAGUUGCUGGGAGAGGGAGCCUAUGCCAAAGUUCAAGGUGCUGUGAGCCUGCAGACUGGCAGAGAGUAUGCUGUCAAAAUCAUAGAAAAACAAGCAGGGCACAGUCGGAGUCGGGUAUUCCGAGAGGUGGAGACGCUUUAUCAGUGUCAAGGAAACAAGAACAUUUUGGAGCUGAUUGAGUUCUUUGAAGAUGACACAAGGUUUUACUUGGUCUUUGAGAAAUUGCAAGGAGGCUCCAUCCUAGCCCACAUCCAGAGGCAGAAGCACUUCAAUGAACGAGAAGCCAGCCGAGUGGUGCGAGAUGUUGCUGCUGCUCUUGACUUCCUGCAUACCAAAGGCAUUGCUCACCGAGAUCUGAAGCCAGAAAAUAUAUUGUGUGAAUCUCCAGAAAAGGUGUCCCCAGUGAAAAUCUGUGACUUUGACUUGGGCAGUGGGAUGAAACUUAACAACUCCUGCAUGCCCAUAACCACACCAGAGCUGACCACUCCAUGCGGCUCUGCAGAGUACAUGGCCCCGGAGGUGGUAGAGGUCUUCAGGGAUGAGGCCACUUUCUACGACAAGCGCUGUGACCUGUGGAGCCUGGGCGUGGUCCUCUACAUCAUGCUGAGUGGCUACCCGCCCUUUGUGGGUCACUGCGGAGCUGACUGUGGCUGGGACCGGGGAGAGGUGUGCAGGGUGUGUCAGAACAAGCUGUUUGAGAGCAUCCAGGAAGGCAAGUAUGAGUUCCCCGACAGGGACUGGGCUCACAUCUCCAGCGAGGCCAAAGACCUCAUCUCCAAGCUCCUGGUUCGAGAUGCGAAGCAGAGACUCAGUGCUGCCCAAGUUCUACAGCACCCGUGGGUGCAGGGGCAAGCUCCAGAAAGGGGACUCCCCACGCCGCAAGUCCUCCAGAGGAACAGCAGCACCAUGGAUCUGACGCUCUUCGCGGCUGAAGCCAUCGCUCUUAACCGCCAGCUGUCUCAGCAUGAGGAGAACGAACUGGCCCAGGAGCCAGAGGCGCUGGCUGAGGGCCUCUGCUCCGUGAAGCUUUCCCCUCCCUCCAAGUCUCGCCUGGCCCGCCGGCGGGCCCUGACCCAAGCAGGCCGCAGUGGAGAGGCAGGGCUGGCCCUGACCUCCACAGAACUCUGAGCUGUUCCAGUCACAUGUUCAGGCCUAGACCUGUCUGGGCAUUGCACCUAGAAACCUGUGAGGCCGAAGUCUGGAGCAGGCAGAGGGGCCUUCUCUCUGGCUCCAGUCAAGCUUUCUCCACCCACAAAGGCCCAGCAGUUCCCACCCAACCCCCCUUUCCCCAGGGUCCUUGGAGGAAAAAGCUUUUUCCAAAGGGGUUGUCUUUGAAAAGGAAAGCAAUCACUUGUCACUUUGCAUAAUCGCCUGCAGCAGGGACAUCUUUUUGCGGGGCUCCACCUGCUCACCUGCCUGCAGAUCCCCAUCCAGCCAGCUCCGGAAGCGACAGCUGGGACCCAGCCUUCAGGGAGCCACCUUCAGGAAGCAGAACCAUCGUUGGCUGACAGAGGCUGCUGACACACGUGCCUCUUCCCCCAUGCACUGUCGCCCUCCCCCAGCAGUCCUUCCACCUUCCUCUGUCCUCUGGACGUCCUCUUGCCUGUCCGCUGCCUUCUGAGCAGAGCCAUCCCCUCAAUUCAGAAAGGGCAGGGGGCCCUUCUCCUGCAGGAGGCCAGAUCAGUCUUCCCGUCUGCGGCGCAGAGGAGCACAUAAUCUUUCUUUGCCUCGACCAUGAUGUGUUCCUCAUUUAUCAUCCUCUUCCUUCUUUGUGAUUGCUGCUAAAUUCAGUAUUACUUUGGUUUUUAAAAUGUUUUUAACCGUGCUCUUUCAGCAAACAUGGAAUUUUAAGCUCCCCCUUUAAGCCCAUGGACUUUCCAAGGCAGAAUGUCCAUGUGCUUGGUUUUUAAUGAGCCCCUGCCUACAGUCCUAACUAGUUUUUAAGCUGUUACUCUCAUGAGCACCUUAGAAGCUGUCAGCGUCUGGUACUGCUGUGUCCCCCAGGGCCUGUGUGGAGGGUGGCACAGAUGUGGGGCAGCUGGAUGGAGCUUUGUGCCUGAGGCAAAGCCAGAUCAGAGGCAGCCCCACUGCCUUGUUAGCAAUUCACUGCCCACUGUGGGAGCAUGAGGGGACAGACACUUGCAGAUAAGCUAUCGGGUUAUAUAAAAUAGAUUUGCGUGAGUCAGACAGACAUGUAUUCUACUAGGCCACUUCAAUACUAUCAUAUAGUGUGCUUGUUUUAAUAAAACUUUUCAAUUUUAGCU